AUGUCUAGCUCUUUAUCAACAGAAUUGCCUUGUGCCAUACUUGAUUUACUCAUUCUGUAUCUGAUCUGCCUUGUCCGUGUCACUUCUACAUUGGUUCCCAAUCCCAGGGAGGACAUAACUUAUGCGACCAUCUCUGAGUUUCUCCGCCUUCAUGACGAGCCUCUAAGACAAUUUAUUCAAAUGCCUCAGCCAAAGCUCAGAUGGAAUCAUACUUCCACACGCGACAGACGAGAAGAGAUCCCCGAUUUUGGCUUAAUCAAUAUGUCGCUGCUAGCACCACACAUCAGGCUUCGCGCCGGAAUCGAGGCAAAAAGACUUUUGCCUAUUAUGAAGAAUCUUCCUACACCCUUGUCACAAGAAGGGAAUAUGGAGGUAAUAAACCUUCUGCAUGCUAUGUACUACCAGGGUGAAGAUCAGGCCAAAGCUGCAGUCAGAUCAGAAUAUGUCUCCGACAAUGUGCCCAUCCCCUGGCUUUUAUUCAUUGGCCCUUAUUGGACUCCUGUAUUGUAUGGCCCUUUCACCCCCCAGGAACUCUCUGUGCGUGUCCACAAGCACCACCCUAGCGCUGACUUUCAAGACUCUGUGAAUGCUAUGAAUAAGCUACUGGGAAAACCUCAAGUACGACCAUUGUUUUUGCUGGGUACUAUUGCGGCACGCAAUAGGCUGGAACAAUUUAUUCAAGAAACCGAUGUUCUAGCUCAACCACUUGUCGAGGCUGCCGGAGAGUAUACUGAACUCUAA